CGUGCGUCCGCCGCCAGCGUCAGUCAGUCGGGCCGCGGGCCGACCGCGCUCGAGCUGCUAGGCCCGCGCCGCUGCUGCCGCCGCCGCCGCCGCCGCUUCUCCCCGUCCCUCUGCGGCCGCAGCUCGGCUCCGGCGCCCGCCGCCCCGCCGCCAUGUCUCAGAGCGAGGCCCCCGGGCUGCAGGAGGAGAGCCUGCACGGCUCCUGGGUAGAAUUACACUUUGGCAGUAACGGGAGCGGGAGCAGCAUUCCAGACUCCGUUUCUAUUUAUAACGGCGACAUGGAGAAGAUACUGCUCGAUGCCCAGCACGAAUCUGGACGGAGCAGCUCCAAGAGCUCUCACUGCGACAGCCCGCCUCGCUCGCAGACGCCGCAGGACACGAACAGAGCUUCUGAGACGGACACACACAGUGUUGGAGAAAAGAGCAGCGCUCAGUCGGAGGAGGAUUACAUGGAGAGGAGGAGGGAGGUGGAGAGCCUCCUGAGGAAGAACUCGGACUGGAUCUGGGACUGGUCCAGCCGGCCGGAGAACGUCCCCCCCGCCAAGGAGUUCCUCCUCUUCAAGCACCCGAAGCGCACGACCACGCUCAGCAUGAGGAACACGAGCGUGAUGAAGAAGGGGGGCGUCUUCUCGGCCGAGUUUCUCAAAGUCUUUCUUCCGUCUCUUCUGCUGUCCCACCUGCUGGCCAUUGGGCUGGGGAUCUACAUUGGGAGGCGUCUGACCACGUCCCCCAGCGGCUUCUGAGGACGAGCGGGGCCCGGCGCGCCCAUCGGGGCUGUGGGCGCGCAGCACAGCUCGCGGAAGAAGCCGCGACGCCCGCCUGCUCUUGGGUAAGCGGCGCGGUCCUGACUCGCCAGGUUACAGACACCACGACUCUGCCCACCUGCCUGGGACCCGCUCCCGGGCUGGGUCCUAAGCACAUCACUGGUUCGCGUCUCCUGAGUCUCCUGUAGCGACCGGUCUCUGGACAUGACAGACGUCCCAGCAUAAGUAAUUUUAACACACCUAGUCACGACGAAUCUAGUAUCGUAACAGAUUAUCUGCAGCCUUGAGUUAGACACUCGAUAGGAAAACGACUGCCCGCGGGGUCUGUUACCCACGUGGACGCCGUGGCCUCACUACUGCGGACGAGCGUGAAGCGGACGCCUGGCUCCUGCAGAGCCCUCCUGCCUGUGCCCGUGGCUCUGCCACCUGACCUGCAGAACCCAGGCUACAGAUCCGCCCAGGCGGGCGGUCCCGGCCCACACAGGACCGCCGCUGAGACUCCGGGGACACGGGGAAGCUGCUCCGUCUGCAUUACUGGCUUCAGCCUGCUUGGGCUCUGUGUGCUCAGAAUCGGCUUGGGUCUAAGCUCCUCUGUCUACUUAAAAAGGCUGGAAUAGAAAAAAAUAAACCUUGGCCAACCUC